CUACCUGUGUGACGCUGUUAUUACCGUCCUGUGAACACUGCAGAUGUGUGCGUUUUGUUUUUUUUCAUCAAUUGCUGACGUGCGCACGACCGGGUGAGUCAAACCUGCGUCAGACUUCGUCGUGACUUUCCAUAGUAAUUUAUCCAUCCUACUGGGAGCUGAUUUAUCCCACAACACAGCCACACAACCACGUGGAAACCAGAGAGGGCUGCGAGAUCACAUCGUUGAUGUGCCCGGACUGAGACUAAACAGUCGCUGUGAGCCGUUUACCUGCAUAGGUUAAUAUCAUUAUAGUAUCCAAACUUGUGGCAGGCGUUGAGCUCCUGCGUCAGACUUUACGCACCAUGCGCUGCGUGUGGCUGGAAGCUGUGUGAUUUCGCAUCUCUUUGCGCGCAGAGAUGCUGCACACUGAGACAGUCCCUGAAUGAAGAUACGCGAACAUCACUUUUGGAUUCAUACUGUCGCGCUGACUCGGACCCGUUAUAACCUGUUAUAACACUGCAUACAAGAUUUAAGAAAAUAGCACACCUUUCUUCCCCUUGCUUCCUCCUGAUCUCCCUCCACUCAGUCACCUCAGGCUCCUCCUCUUGCCUGAACCACCCUCCACCUGAAGGAGCUCCUGAAUUGCAGCCAUGCCAAAGAACACCAAGGUGACGCAGCGGGAGCACAGCAAUGAGCCAGUCACUGAGUCUGUGGCUGACCUGCUGUCCCUGGAGCAUCCCAUGGACUAUAAGAGCAGUCAGAUGAGUAUGGGUCUGAGUCCCGGCUCGACUGCUCCAGUAAAGGCCCUGCUACCCUCCCCUGAUCCAGACGCUGAGGACGGGCGACCAGCCUGGAAUAACAAGCUGGAGUAUAUCCUGGCUCAGGUGGGCUUCUCUGUGGGCCUGGGUAACGUCUGGAGGUUUCCCUACCUGUGCCAGAAAAAUGGUGGAGGUGCAUACCUAGUACCCUAUUUUAUUCUCCUCCUCCUCAUCGGCAUCCCCUUGUUCUUCCUGGAGCUGGCAGUGGGUCAGAGGAUCAGGCGUGGCAGCAUCGGGGUGUGGAACUACGUCUACCCACAGCUGGGAGGCAUCGGGGUCUCCAGUCUGAUGGUUUGCGGUUUCGUGGGCCUCUAUUAUAACGUGAUUAUCGGAUGGAGCAUCUUCUAUUUCUUCCAGUCGUUCCAGUAUCCACUGCCCUGGGCUGAAUGCCCUAUUCAGAGAAAUGGAACCCAAGCCAUCGUGGUGCCAGAGUGUGAAAAGAGCUCAGCCACCACUUACUUUUGGUACCGCCAGACUCUCAACAUCACCAGCUCCAUUGAUGACACGGGCGGCCUGAACUGGAAGAUGACACUGUCCCUGCUGGUGGCUUGGAUCUUGGUCUGUCUGGCUGUCAUCAAGGGCAUCCAGUCCUCUGGGAAGGUGAUGUACUUCAGCUCUCUCUUCCCAUAUGUGGUGCUUUUCUGUUUCCUGGUGCGAGGUUUGCUGCUGAAGGGAGCGGUGGACGGCAUUGCUCACAUGUUCACCCCAAAACUGGAAAAGAUGUUGGAGCCGCAGGUGUGGCGAGAAGCAGCCACGCAGGUCUUCUUCGCCCUCGGCCUGGGCUUCGGAGGCGUCAUUGCUUUCUCCAGCUACAACAAGCGUGACAACAACUGCCACUUUGAUGCAACGCUGGUCUCCGUCAUCAACUUCGUUACCUCCAUCCUGGCCACUUUAGUUGUGUUUGCUGUCCUGGGGUUCAAAGCAAACGUAAUGAAUGAGAAGUGUGUUGUCGACAAUGCAGAGAAGAUCCUGGGGUUUUUAAACACAGGUGUGCUGAGCAAAGAGCUCAUCCCUCCUCACAUCAACUUCUCCCACCUGUCUACCGAAGACUACGCAGAGAUGUACGGCGUAAUUAAGACGGUGAAGGAGGGCAGCUUUGACCAACUGGGCCUGGAUGCCUGCAUGCUGGAAGACGAACUCAACAAGGCGGUUCAGGGCACUGGUCUGGCGUUCAUCGCCUUCACAGAGGCCAUGACACAUUUCCCUGCCAGUCCCUUCUGGUCUGUCAUGUUCUUCUUCAUGCUGAUCAACUUAGGUCUGGGAAGCAUGAUUGGCACCAUGACCGGCAUCACCACACCCAUACUGGAUGCUUUCAAGAUCCGCAAAGAGAUCCUGUGUGUGGCUUGCUGUGUCAUAGCCUUCCUGUUAGGCCUGCUGUUUGUGCAGCGAUCAGGAAACUACUUUGUCACCAUGUUUGACGACUACUCAGCUGGUUUGCCUCUCACUGUGGUGGUGAUCCUGGAGAACAUCUCUGUAGCUUGGAUCUACGGCACUAAGAGGUUCAUGCAGGACCUGGAGGACAUGCUCGGUUUCAAGCCGUACUCAUUCUAUUACUACAUGUGGAGGUACGUGUCACCAGCUGUCCUGGUGGUGCUCAUCAUCGCCACUGUCAUCGAGAUGGCCAUCAGUCCUGCAGGAUACAACGCCUGGGUGGAGGCUGAGGGUGCAGAGCGUUUCCAUAGCUACCCUCCCUGGGCUUUAGCCAUGGCCUAUGCCCUCAUCGUGGUGGCCAUGUUGCCUUUACCCAUAGUCUACAUCGUCCGACACUUCAACCUGAUCUCAGACGGCUCCAACAAGCUGUCCGUCUCCUACCGUAAAGGCAUGAUGAAGGACAUCUCCAACCUCGAAGAGCAGGAUGAGCAGCGCUUCAUCCUCGGUAAGAACCCCAGCGAGACUCCUUCCCCGAUGCCUGCCCACCGUGCUUACUUAGGCCCGGGUGGCACCCAGGAAAUGACCAACACCAACUAUGGCACCAGCACCAAGACAGGCUACCAGAACAUCGGCUCGCCUGAGUCUGAACUAUGAUCCACUGAGCUCAUAGAUCCUCUCGUCCAUUAAUCCCCGGCCCUGCUUGGAGAGAGGGAAACAGAGGAAGAAAAAGAGGAAGAGAGGAAGGUCAAGAGAGAAAAUCCACUGCCGGUUGUUGCAGCGUUCAUCACACCUUAACCCCCAGAGCUGAAUCCCUCUAUCCCCCUUUUUCUGCUCCAUCGCUCCUCGCCUGUGGUUCUUCCCCACCGUAGGAUCUGUGCUGCUAACUGCCUGUCAAUCCCAGAUGUAAUGACGGGAUCGUGGAGUGUGAGUCCCACCAGAUAUGAUGACCUUUUUCCAUCUGUCAACGUAUUACAGGGGCAGAGAGAGGGGGACAGAGUCAGGAACAGAGGGAGGAAUGAGGCUUAGAAAGGCUCAAUGAGGGCUCAGAUACAGGCUUUGUUUUGUAAUAAGUUCUGGCCAAGGUUAAGGUGUGUGCAACGCUAAAAUGCUUUAGAUUGUACUGAACUCUAAUCCCAUGUGUUCAUCCGUUUGAAGAAGGUUAUUUUUGAGACAGUUUGAUGUUCCUAGAUUUGGGAGAUCAUCAUCUUAUUCUGGUUCAGCUGCAGAGGAUUGUUAUUUGUGGGGAUAGGAUGGAAGGAGACUCAAAGAAAACAAACAUUUUGCCCUGGCCUGUAUCUCCAUACAAGAACAUUUCUUUCUCUAGAGAAUAAAAUGAUCACAAAUACAUCCAUAACAGUAUGUAAAAAGUGAUUCUGAUAGUGUGAACAGUGUUACAAGCACAUUACAUCUUUAAGUUUAUUGUGCCUAUCAUGCAUCAGCAAUAAUAACCAGUCAAAGUAGGGUCCUCGUAAAACCGCAGAUCUCCUUCUAUGCCUACUUUCCCCACUAAUGUAGAAUACUGUACAUAUGUGUUGUGCAAUAGUCUUGAGUCAUCGUAAAUUGUGUACAUACACCUCAGUAGUGCAAAACAAGGGGAAACUUUUCACAUCUUCAUUUCGUCUCCGCGAACACCGAAGCACAGACGCCCGCUAUCGUUAGAGCAUCUCUGAGCCUUAACACAGAGCAGCACUUUUCUUUGAAACAACCUUGACAAACAAGGCUCUGGAGUUAGUGCCAGCAGCGUUGCGCACAUCAUCUCUGUGCUGUUGCAGACGCAGCUGGCCUAGACAAAGCUUUUCCAUUUUAAUCAAUCACUUCAAUCAAGCGUUUCCAUUUUAAUCAAUGCCUUUAGAAGGGCAGAGGUGGCAGUGUGCGCAACUGUGUGCGCGUCAGUGUGUUGUCUGCCACUGAAUGAGAGCUCCCGGUGACCCUGCCUCUUUAAAAAUAGCUGCGUUACCCAGGGGAAGCCGUGGCAACGCACCAUAGAUACAGAUUCUCUUCUGAUGUGGAGGAGGAAGAGGAGAGCGGACACCUUGCUUUGUCUGCUCCACCUGCACGGCUGUUUGCUCAGCAAUACAGAGAUGAGACAUUUUACUGUCCUGCAAGAAUAUAUCUCUAAUAUUGUGACAGUGCAGUGAAAAAGAGGUUCACAGCCAUGUGGAUUUAUCUCACUUCCUCCCUAAAAUAAUGAUUUUUGGGUUUAAUUAUACAUUCCUCAAAUUGUGACAUCAUUUCAUAAGCACUAUAAAUCUACACUUUGAUGUCUUUUUGUGAAAACUAAAGCCCUUCUUUAUUUUUUAAUGUAUAAUGUAUGUUUCGGGGUAUAAUGUGCGAAAUGUACUGUGAUAUAAAUGUUUGGAAUAAGUGGUAAUACUCAGAUUUCACCACUGGGUGUCUCUGCUGGCCAGCAGAAGAGCCGACAACAGGUUAUCUCUGUCUCGUAGCCCCUCCCUGAGACAACACCAAUACUUGACACUGAACAGAUGUAGUGUGAAGCACAGUCAGUCACAUUGUUUGGUGCCUGAACAGCAUCUCUGUUGUCUGUUUGCCUUAUGCUUUUGUCAUUUGGUUUUCUUGAUUAUGUAGUGAAUGUGUCUAUAGUUCGGACCAAUGUCUUGUCUCAUUCACUCGAGCACUUUAAUUAGUAAAGACCCUGGAGUUGUUUGUUGAGUACAGAUUUGACAAAAACCUUUAUACACAUCAAUCACAAGAAUGCUGUCAGAGAAUAUUAUUAUUAGUUAUCAAUAUGUAUAUAUAUAUAUACAGAGAGAGAGGGGGCUGAAGGGCUGAAAAGGCAUCUAGUUUCUUGUGUGUUAGUAUGCAAGAUCUUCUAAAUUUGAGUAUUUUAACAAGUUAUAUCUGGCAUCUUAUGACGUUCAAAGCAUGUGGAUACGCUGCACUCUGCUUCCAUGCCAUUGGCUCUCACUGCUAGAUCCUCCCUGUUGUAUGUGAUGUUAGCGCUUACCAUGUCGAGGCUGCUGUGGUCAUGUGGCCUCUUGCAUCUGCUCAGGUUUCAGGCUCCAGUACCUAGUGCUUAGUAGUGCCUACAAUAGCUUUGAUAUAUUGUGCGGUAUGUACUUUUGUAUUGAAGUUAUGAAUAGAUUCCGUACUUUUUGACCAUAAACCCCUUUAUUUAAUCUAUUUUUUUGCCUGUCUCUCAUAGGUUUUUAUGUUCUUUAACACUGUUUAUGUAAACAAAAAGGGAGGGAAGGGCAGUAAUAUGCCGAUGUUAAACAAAGAGAUCUUUUCACACUGGUCUCCUCCUACAUCACAGGAAAAGAGGUGGCUCAAAGAAUAUGUAAACAUGCUCUUAACGUCUUUAAAACACCAGACUAUAACCUGUUAUACCUGUUAUCUAAAAUUUUGCAUGCAAGAAACCAGAUUUUUUCUGCCAGUUGGCUUGUGACACAAAUGGCACAUACCCUCAGGUGGAGGCACUCACCUGUACUCACCUGCAGCUUUGAUCUAGUGUUACAGUAAAGCACAUCUAGGGAAGCACAGCAAAGUGAGCACAAAGGAGUUUCAUGUCUCAGCAAGAAAUCAAUCUCACCAGUCAAUGAGAUAAAAAAAAUACUGUGAGUCUGUGUGGGUGAACUGGAUGAUGAAACUCGUAGAUUAUUAUAGUUUGUGGUCCGAUCCCUGUAUCCUUCACGCCGUGGAAGAUAGGGCUGCACACUGAAAUGCACUGCCAUCUUCACACUGUAGCUACAAAAGGAUCUGCACAAUAAAUAGGUGAGGUGUGUGAGAGGUGACAAACCUGAGGUGGAGGAUCUUGCACACAGAGAGCACAAUCAAAACACAUGAGAUAAUAUAGUCUUUCAAAAACAGCAUCCUCAUGUUUGAACUCAAUACAUGUUGCACAAAAUCACUUCUUUACUCCGGACGCAGCAGGUCUUGCCUCUGACAUUUAAAAAACACCUCCCAGCACUAUUGAAAUUCUCUGCACAGUGUAAAAACGUCUUCUCAUAUUCGUUCAAAUUUGCUCAGUAAGAAGAUGUUGGCACUUAAUAUUGAUAUUUGACAUCUAUUAUUGAGAAAAACUCCAACUCCAGGGUCGCUUUGUCUUGUCCAUGUGUCAGCUGUGUUGCAUUAUGUACUACAAAGCAACUCCUAGAGGUUAUCUCAGUCAAAUAAGUGAGAUUAACUCAACAAAAGUAAAGUAAUAGUGUAUUUAUUUGACUGUGCAAAUAGUCUUUAUGUGACCAAACCCAUAGUUAUAUUUAUAGUAUUUAAGACAAUGUAUUUAACCUGUACAUAUUGAUAGACAUUCUGAUAAAAUCACACUGAGUAUCUAUAGUAAGAGUGUAUACUUGAGCUGUAAAUAAUAAUUGUAUAUUUUGAGAUAUUUUUUGAUUUUUGUACUGUAGGUAAAGUUACUUUGGUGUCUGUUGGUUUCUAGUGUUAGUGUGUGGUUGUUCUCAAUCGAAAUAGCUGAGCGGCUGUGACUCUGUGUGUGUGUAUUUGAGUGUAUGUUUGAGUGUGUGUAUGUGUGAAGUAAAAGUAUAUGUAGAUCUUUGGUGUUUAAAUGUGUGUGUGUUUUUUCUUUCUUCCUCUCUCAGUGUUGUGUGCUGCUGAUCUAAUCCAGUAGAUUAAAUCCUGUUGUUACAGUGAACUGGGAACUGGGAGUGGUCUCGGGUCACUGUAAGCAAUCUCUUCUGUGUUUCUCACUGGAACUGCUGGAAGUGGCUCCCAGCACAAAACUGGCAACACAAUCAAAAGGAAAUGUUUGACUGUAACAAUGAGCAGAACCUUUAAGAAAGUGUUGAACUGUACAAACAUGAUGGAGCACACAGGAAAUUAAAAUAACCACUUUUAUUGAACAGA